AAAAGAACAUAUGUCCUGUUGAUAUUUGGGCUUCGUUCCGCCUGUUCUGAUAGAAGUAAUCCCUCACUAAGAGAAUGCACUCUAACUUUUCCGCAGCAAUUUGCUGAAACAACCUCUGAACCAACAAGGAUGUAAGACUUCCCAAAACUAUAACUUCUUUUUCUAGGAGGUUCCACUUUAUGGUAAUGUAACCACAUCCAUCUUUAACUUUGUCACCAAAUUAAAACAUCACUACUUGACUAGCUGGUUGUAAAAGAAAGCGGAGUAACCUGGAUCCUGACCAGUGCGCGCUCCCGACGCUGGUGUGGCAGGAUGAAUGUUAUCCCUCGGUCCAACCCACUUUCAGCCUGGCGCAUUAGGGGGCGCUAGUAUAAAUAGUGGCCAUUUGAGUGUCCCUGGAUCGCUUACCUGUGACCUCCUUUUUGGUCACCUGACUUCCUGUUGGUGUUGCUGAGCUUAGUUGCGGGUUACUUUUCCGAAGCCUCCAUCGCAGCUGGUCGUAGCUGUAGAAGCCUCCUCUGAGCCAUUCUGCUUACGUUUUAUGACACGGCUUACUUGAUGCGGAGUGCUGACGUGGAGGAGACUAGGGUGCCUUGGUGGUGGGAUCCUCUGAGUGUACACACCUGCCUUGUUUAAUUUAUUAGUGUGAGUGUGCUGCACUUGUGUCUUGGUGUAUUUUCUUUUUUUUGAGUUUGUGUGUGGCAUCCCUGCCCUCCACUGGAUAAAAGCAAAGCAGCAGCUACUUUGGUGUGGGAUUCCACAGCUGUGUUACAGAGAUGGAGGAAGAGUUACAGGAACUCAGGGACUUGAUCGCGCAGCUGAAAGCAGACAAUGAGAGGCUGCGUCAGGAGAGGGCUGUUGAGUCAGAUCACUUUGGACGGACCAUUAUUCUGCACUGUCGAGCUCCAAACAACAACUUCACUCUUGUACAGUGGAGCAGAGCUGGUCUGGAGCCAGAACAUGUUGCUGUUUACAAGGGUGGACAGUUCCUUCCAGAUCACCAGCAUCCAUCUUUUAAGAACCGGGUGGAUCUGCAGGACAGACAGAUGAAGGAUGGAGACGUAUCUUUGAUUCUGAAUAAUGCGACGAGUGCUGAUAGUGGAAAAUAUGAGUGUCGUGUGUUCAACAGAGGAACAGUGCGCAGGAGGAGAACCCUGUCAAGGAUUCCUCCCAUCAACACCACCUACCUGAGUGUUGUUGAUCCUCCAGGUCAGACAGGAGGACACACAGAGGAUGGAGGGAAAGAGGAUGGAGGGAAGAAGGCAGGAGGGAAUGAGUUGUCUUGGGAGUUGUUAGCGAGGGUGGCAAGAGGGAUGGAGAUGUUUGCGAGGCUGGUUAGAGGGAUGGAGUUGUUGGUAAGGGUGGCUAUAAGGAUGGAGUUGUUAGCGGUGGAGACUACAUGGAUGGAGUGGUUGGCGAGGGUGGCUAGAGGUAUGGAGUUCUUGGUGGAAGUGGUUAGAGGGAUGGAGUGGUUGAUGGAGGUGCCUAUAGGGAUUGGGUGGUUGGCGUGGGUGGCUAGAGGGAUAGAGGUUUUGGCGGUUUUGGCUAGAGGGAUGGAGUGCUUGGCGAGGGUGGCUAUAAGGAUGGAGUUGUUAGAGGUGGAGACUAGAUGGAUGGAGUGGUUGGCGAGGGUGGCUAGAGGGAUGGAGUGCUUGGUGGAAGUGGCUAGAGGGAUGGAGUGGUUGGCGGGGGUGCCUAGAGGGAUGGGGUGGUUGUCGUGGGUGGCUAGAGGGAUAGAGGUUUUGGCGGGGUUGGCUACAGGGAUGGAUUGGUUGGCGAGGGUGGCUAUAAGGAUGGAGUUCUUGGCAGUGGAGACUAGAAGGAUGGAGUGGUUGGCGGGAGUGGCUAGAGGGAUGGAGUUGUUGACGGAAGUGGCUAGAGGGAUGGAGUUGUUGGCGGAAGUGGCUAGAGGGAUGCAGUUGUUCAAUUCAAUUCAAUUCAAUUCAAUUUUAUUUAUAUAGCGCCAAAUCACAACAAAAGUCGCCUCAAGGCGCUUUAUAUUGUACAGUAGAUAGCACAAUAAUAAAUACAGAGAAAAACCCAACAAUCAUAUGACCCCCUAUGAGCAAGCACUUUGGCGACAGUGGGAAGGAAAAACUCCCUUUUAACAGGAAGAAACCUCCGGGUUGGCAGGAGUGGCUAGAGGGAUGGAGUUGUUCAUGGAGUUGUUGUACAUAUAAUAGUAAAAAUUACAGGAGAUGCACACGCCUACAGUACAGCCAGGGCUAAUCUAAAGAAGGGCAUCAAAAAAGCCAAACACCAUUACAAAAAGAAGGUAGAAGAACACUUCUC